UGAGUCCAUAAAACUGCUUGUUUGAAAUUAGAGGGCAAACUGCUUUCCACUCUUAAUUAUUUGACCAUAAAUUUAUGUUUGCAUUUCAAAUUCGGCCCAACAAAUAUUAUUGGACUAUUUCAAAUGUGGCCCAACAAAUGCAGGCUCAAUACGCAAGCAGAAAAUCUCACACUCUCCACUGUGUGUGUGUGUGUGUGAGAGAGAAUUUCUGCGAAGAAAUGUCGCAGCCAAUUCCGGUAGACAUCCUCUCCGAUUCCGAUACGGAAUCCGGUGAUAUACGGCGGAGGAAUUUCGAUAACGACACCAUAGACCUUACCACUCCGCCGCCUUUCCCUCAAUUGAAGAAGAAGCCGCGGCUAGAUUAUUUUUCGAACCCUAGUAACUCCCCCGUCUUCAUUAUCGACGAUGAUCCCACGCCGUGUGAGAAUAAUCCGUCUCCGGCGGGUCCAACGUCCUCCUCCGCUCCUCUGUUCGUCGCCGAUACACCCUUCUCCGAUGCCGCGUUAGUCAAAUGUUCCAGAGGGAAAAGUUCUUUCUCCGGUGAAGAUUUGGCUGAUGAGCAACUUAUAGUUGCUGACACUCCAAUGUCUGAGCUUUUGAAAUUUGAAGUGCCAAUCACCAAAUACAAUGCAAUAGCUCCCAAGGCUGAUCAUGCAUCUUAUUCGAGUACGAACCAUACCUUUGUUGGUGAAGAUUUGGCUAAUGAGCAACUUAUAGUUGCUGACACUCCAAUGUCUGAGCUUUUGAAAUUUGAAGUUCCAAACACCAAAUACAAUGCAAUAGCACCCAACGGUGAUCAUGCAUCUCCUUCGAGCCCUAAGAAUACCUUUGUUGAAAUCAAUAGACGGAUAUGCGUGGAGUCAGAUAGUGAGUCUGAAAAUAUUGGUGGAUUGGGAAAACGGAAGCAUAGUGAAAGUGUUUUUGCUGCCAAAUUGACGGAUGAUUCAGAAUGUGACUCCAGAUUUGUUGAGUCGACACUUUUUGUUGGCACUUCCGUUCAAUUACAGAAGAAACCCACGCAGAGUCCAGUUAAGACGCACAUGUUAGAAGACUGUUCAAGUUCAGGUUCUCUGGAAGAUGACAUAUACGUGAUGGGUUGUUCUAAUGAAUUUGAUGACUUUGAUGACAAUGCUAGCAAAGUAGACACUGCGAGUCAUCAAGAUAACAGGGAAGGCUGCAUUAAAGAAAAAGAAAUAAAGAAAUCACAUGUAAAAAUGAAAUCAACAAGGCUAUCGAAGGAGGAGAGACUUCGUUUAAUGGAAGAAAAGAAACAGUUCAAAGAAGUAAGGACACAAAACGACAUAUUUGAUGACAAAGCUAGUAAAGUAGACACUGCAAGUCAAAUCUCGAGUCAUCAAGAUAACAGGGAACGCUGCAUUAAAGAAAAAGAAAGAAAGAAAACACAUGUAAAAAUGGACUCAACAAGGCUAUCGAAGGAGGAGAGACUUCGGUUAAUGGAAGAAAAGAAACAGCUCAAAGAACGAGAGAAGUUGCUUAAAGCUGCUUCAAAGGCAGAAGCUGCUGAGAUAAAGAAACGUGAGAAGGAAAUGCAGAAAUGGGAGAAGGGUAAAUAUGCUCUAAAAUCCAUUACUGCUGAAAUUGACAAGAAAGUGGUAGAACUGGGAUCAAUUGGAGGACACCUCCUGACAAGGUUUGCAGAAAAAGGGCUUUCGUAUCGUAUAACGUCGAAUCCGGUGGAAAGAACUAUUGUGUGGACUAUGGUCGUUCCUGAAGAAAUUUCCAUGAUUGCAUCUGAAAAAACAGAGAUUUCUUAUGUUGUAAUUAUAUAUGAAGCGGAAGAGUUCUGUAAACUUGUCAUGAACGAAUCUCUUGUGGGUCAUGUUCAGAGUGUUCAGCAUCGUUACCCACAUCACACUAUUUGUUAUGUCACAAAUAGGCUUAUGGCCUACAUCAAUAAAAGGGAACAAGCACAGUACAAGAACUCUGCCACCUACACUGGUUGGAAGCGACCUGCUAUAGAAGAGGUGUUAACAAAACUAGCCACUCAUUUUUCCAAAGUACGUUCAAGGCUGUGUGUGGAUGAAUCUGAAUUAGCUGAACAUGUUGUUGGUCUGACUUGCAGCCUUGCCUCUUGCCAGUUUAGGAGAAAGCUGACACGAUUAUCAGUUAAUGCAAAUGGAUCCGCAAUCCCUAAAGACUGCAUUGAUAAGAAUUUAAUUAAGAAGAACUUAUGGUUAAAGGCGCUGGUAGCUAUCCCUAAGGUGCAACCACGAUUUGCAAUAGCUAUAUGGAAGAAAUACCCUACAAUGAAAUCUCUUUUGAGUGUCUACAUGGAUUCUACUAAAUCUGUGCAUGAGAAAGAGUUUCUGCUCAAGGAUUUAAGCACAGAAGCCUUGCUGAGCGAUGAUAGACGACUAGGCGAAGUUUGUUCAAAGAGAAUCUACAGAAUACUAAUGGCUCAAUCCGGAAACAUCAAAACAGACGAUGUUGAAAACGGAGCUGAUUUCUUCACCAAUCACUCCACUUCUUGACCUCCAAUUUGGUACUUGGUUACUAUUAUUAUUAUGCAUGUUAGUAUUUCCUCCAUUCCUUACGACACAUUCUAGUGUGUGUGUGUGUGGAUUUGAAACAUUAGUCUGCAUGUGGGGCAAUGUGAUAAAAGAUCAGACCAUAUACGAGACUGUGUAGUGCAGCAUAGUUUAUCCAGACCAGCUCAUCCAAGUUGGCUUAAAAGAUUUCUAGAUUGUUCUCUAAGGUUUUGUUUGUCCACACAUUUUUUUUUGUGGGUAGCCUUGUUUCAUAUCCAGUGUUCCAAUUGCGCAGUCUGGUUUCUAUUUGUCUCCUCAUGUCAGAAAAUGUUUUGUAAUCAAACAUAUAUCAUGUUUGGGUGCCAGUUUUAUGUCUAUGUAUAUACAUCUCCUUUGAGAUAUUAUAAAUGUUUGUUUGAAUGUUGUCUUAGUAACUCGAGUUUAUAAAUUUCUUGAUUUAUAUU